CACCCCAUCUUUUUGUGUAUCAUCACACCACCAUAUAAAGAAAAUCUAUCAUCUUUACUGCUUACUACACUAUCUCUAAUCUAAUACACUCAGAAAAAUGGCUAAAUCAACUUUCUCUCUCAUCUUUCUCCUGCUGCUGUCCUUUGUUUUUUCAGGUGAAAUUUUUGCAAUUGCCAAUGGACAGCAAACAUGGUGUGUAGCAAAGCCAUCUUCAGAUCAAGCCACUUUACUAGCAAACAUAAACUAUGCUUGUUCUCAAGUGGAUUGCAGAGUUAUGCAAAGAGGGUGCCCUUGCUUUUCUCCUGAUAAUCUCAUAAAUCAUGCUUCCAUUGCCAUGAAUCUUUAUUAUAGGGCUAAGGGCUGCCAAAAAUGGAACUGUGAUUUUAGAGGUUCUGGACUCAUUGUUAUCACUAAUCCCAGUUAUGCAAAUUGUCUCUACGAGUAGGGGGAUAUUUCUAUUCUUGGUGAAAAGUGGAAGAUCUGUUGAAAUAUAUGUGAAUUAAUAUGCUCUAUUUUGUACCUUUUGGAUCUUUUUGUAACUAGACCCGUUGCUAUUUGGCAUAAUCGCAUUUUCAAAAAUGCGAUAGGGAUAUUAACAUAUUACAACCCUCGCAUAUUCCCUACAAGAAAGUGAGAAACACCUAUUUAAUCGACUGUUUUUUCCAACUUUGUAAUUAGUAGCAAAUUUUCGUCAAUGAAAAAAUCCUAUUCGCGAAAUAAAUAUGGACACUCUUGAGUAUUUUGGUGUCCUCUUCUUUAAUCAAUAUUGUUUAUGCCAAUUUUGUACUAAGUACGCAAAAGGUAUUGGGAAGCCAAAAAUGGAACUGUGAUUUUAGAGGUUCUGGACUCAUUGUUAUCACUAAUCCCAGUUAUGCAAAUUGUCUCUACGAGUAGGGGGAUAUUUCUAUUCUUGGUGGAAAGUGGAAGAUCUGUUGAAAUAUAUGUGAAUUAAUAUGCUCUAUUUUGUACCUUUUGGAUCUUUUUGUAACUAGACCCGUUGCUAUUUGGCAUAAUCGCAUUUUCGAAUAUGCGAUAGGGAUAUUAACAUAUUACAAACCUCGCAUAUUCCCUACAAGAAAGUGAGAAACACCUAUUUAAUCGAAUGUUUUUUUCCAACUUUGUAAUUAGUAGCAAAUUUUUGUGAAUGAAAAAAAUCCUAUUCGCGAAAUAAAUAUGGACAGUCUUUAGUA